GAACCUUGCCCUUUGCCCGGGCAGCUCAUGCGGCGGCGUGUGUAGAUCAUUCACAAAUGGUGAUCUGCGGCGGCGCCACAGGGGGAGGCAGCUUGUCAUCCGACGAGCUGUACUUACUGGACAUCCGCAACGAGGAGACUUCUCAGUGGAUGUCAGUUCCCGUGGUGAGAACAACCCCUGGGCGAAGAUACGGCCACACCAUGAUCUUCAGCAAGCUGCUGUUGAUUGUCUUCGGUGGUAACAGCGGCCAACAGGCGGGGUGCGACAUCUGGAUAUUGGACGUGGAGCGCUCGCCAUUCCAGUGGCAAGAGGUAGCUGAGCUGUUAUGGGAAAGCGUGGGCCCCUUCCGCGUGUGUCGUGAUGGGCGGGUCGCUGGCAUGAUGGUCUUUUUUGGCGGCCAGACUGCUGAGAACAAGUCGCUUAAGGACACCUGGGGCUUGCGACAGCAUCAGGAUGGGCGUUGGGACUGGGUGGAGGCCCCCGCUACGCGCAGCGCUCCUCCAGAACCUAGGUUUCAGCAUUCCUGCAUAUUCCUGGAUUCCAAGCUGCUGAUUGUCGGCGGGCGUGGGCCAGAGGUCAACAAGUCGGUUCUACAAAUGAACUUGCGAGUGGCACAAGCUAUGCAGUCUCCAGAGAUUUCGACACUCCUCUUGGGGCAUGCGCACGCUGCUGUUCUCAUACGGGGGCUUUGA